AUGGUGACUACAAAAUUUAAAACUGGCGACCAUGUCAAAUACCGUGCCAUUGGUGGCGAGCCCAUUGACGGCAACGAAACCUCCACGACCACUGGAGAAAUUAUAGAUAUUAUCACUGAAACGCAGCCUCUUGGGUCGACUGGUGUUAGUGCCAAGGCUUCCGAAAAUGAGCCUCGUUACCUCAUCAGGAAUGAUAACACAGGAAAAGAAACUGCAUAUAAAGAGAAGAACAUUCUCGGUUCAGCCUGA